AUGGCUCUUUUUUCCAUUCAUUCAAGAUGUUUUGUAGCCUCUGUUAAACGUUCAGAACGUUUGGCAGAGGAGAAGCGGGGCUUUGAAAAGCUCGUCUCGGAUAAACAAAACAAGGAGAAAGCGGAAGAAGUACGACAAACUCUCGGGGAAUUGAAAUCCGUUGAAAGUGGUGAUGGGCGCACAAUUGUGCCGAAAGUUCGAACUGGUGCUGCAAUCAACACUCAACGACAGGGUCUGCGUGGUCUAAGACCAUGUCUUCAAGACGCUCCCGUCCAACAAAAGCCUCUGCCGGGUCUUCAAAUUCUGCAUGAUCCUGUCACACCAAGUGACCUGCCCAAUCUAGCCAGCGUUCAACCAAUCAGCGGUAGCGCGGCAGCCAUUGGGAAAACACUGUCACGCCUUGCUGAUCCAGUGACCUCUUGGAAUGUUGAGAAUGUCAAGGCACCUAGCGUUAGGGUAACUUUGGGCUGA